AUGUCCUCGGCCGUGGGGCCCCGCGGUCCUCGCCCACCCACGGUGCCUCCCCCGAUGCAAGAGCUGCCCGACCUGAGCCACCUGACCGAGGAGGAGAGGAACAUUAUCAUGGCAGUGAUGGACCGGCAGAAGGAAGAGGAGGAAAAAGAAGAAGCCAUGCUCAAGUGUGUUGUCAGGGACUUGGCGAAGCCUGCUGCCUGCAAAACACCAAGAAAUGCUGAAAACCAGCCCCACCAACCUUCACCGAGAUUGCAUCAACAGUUUGAAAGCUAUAAGGAACAAGUGAGAAAAAUAGGGGAAGAAGCGCGGCGUUACCAGGGCGAGCACAAAGACGAUGCCCCGACUUGUGGAAUCUGUCAUAAAACAAAGUUUGCGGAUGGGUGCGGCCAUCUCUGCUCCUAUUGCCGCACCAAGUUCUGCGCCCGCUGCGGAGGCCGCGUGUCUCUGAGGUCGAACAACGAGGACAAAGUGGUUAUGUGGGUAUGCAAUUUAUGCCGAAAGCAACAAGAAAUCUUAACCAAAUCUGGAGCAUGGUUCUUUGGAAGUGGCCCUCAACAGCCAAGUCAGGAUGGAACCCUGAGUGACACAGCUACAGGUGCUGGUUCUGAGGUACCAAGAGAAAAGAAAGCACGACUCCAAGAGCGAUCGCGGUCUCAGACACCCCUGAGCACAGCAGCUGCCUCCUCCCAGGACAGUGCUGCUCCUCCAGGUGCACCACCAGACAGGAGCAAAGGGGCUGAACCCUCACAGCAAGCCAUGGGGCCCGAACAGAAGCAGGCUUCAUCCAGGUCUAGAAGUGAACCUCCGAGAGAGAGGAAGAAGACUCCAGGGCUUUCGGAGCAGAAUGGAAAAGGAGCCCUGAGGGGCGAAAGGAAACGCGCGCCAAAGAGCGCGGUGCAGCCCGGGGAGGCGGCCGCCGAAGAACGCGAGCGGAAAGAAAGGCGGGAAAGCCGAAGACUGGAGAAAGGGCGGUCACAGGACUACCCCGACCUGCCGGAAAAACGAGAGGAGGGCAAAGCGGCGGAUGAUGAGAAGCAAAGGAAAGAGGAGGAAUACCAGACCAGGUACCGCAGCGACCCGAACCUGGCGCGGUACCCGGUGAAACCGCCGCCGGAGGAGCAGCAGAUGCGCAUGCACGCCCGGGUGUCCCGCGCCAGGCACGAGCGGCGCCACAGCGACGUGGCGCUCCCGCGCACCGAGGCGGGCGCCGCGCUGCCCGAGAGCAAGACCGGCAAGCGCGCGCCGGCCGCCACCAGGGCCUCGCCGCCGGACUCGCCGCGGGCCUACUCGGCCGAGAGGACUGCGGAGGCCAGGGCGCCGGGCGCCAAGCCGCUAACGAACCACAGCCCGCCGGCGCCCAGACAUGGGCCGGUCCCCGCAGAAGCCCCGGAGCUCAAAGGCCAGGAGCCCCUCAGGAAGCAGAGCCGCCUGGACCCCAGCUCGGCCGUCCUCAUGCGGAAGGCCAAGCGCGAGAAGGUGGAGACCAUGCUGCGGAACGACUCUCUGAGCUCCGACCAGUCCGAGUCAGUGCGGCCGUCUCCGCCCAAGCCGCACCGGUCCAAGAGGGGCGGCAAGAAGCGGCAGAUGUCGGUGAGCAGCUCGGAGGAGGAGGGCGUGUCGACGCCCGAGUACACCAGCUGCGAGGACGUGGAGCUCGAGAGCGAAAGCGUCAGCGAGAAAGGUGACUUGGAUUAUUACUGGUUGGAUCCUGCCACGUGGCACAGCCGGGAAACAUCACCUAUUAGUUCGCAUCCUGUAACGUGGCAACCGUCUAAGGAGGGAGACCGAUUAAUUGGACGUGUUAUUCUUAACAAGAGAACAACCAUGCCCAAAGAAUCUGGUGCAUUACUGGGUCUGAAAGUUGUUGGAGGAAAAAUGACUGACUUAGGACGGCUUGGUGCAUUCAUCACCAAAGUAAAGAAGGGUAGCCUGGCCGAUGUAGUUGGACACCUAAGAGCAGGGGAUGAAGUUCUAGAAUGGAAUGGUAAACCCCUGCCGGGAGCUACAAAUGAAGAAGUUUACAACAUUAUUUUAGAAUCAAAAUCAGAACCUCAAGUUGAAAUUAUUGUUUCAAGGCCUAUUGGUGACAUUCCCCGGAUUCCUGAGAGCUCCCAUCCUCCACUGGAGUCCAGUUCAAGUUCCUUUGAAUCUCAGAAGAUGGAAAGGCCUUCCAUUUCUGUUAUUUCUCCAACAAGUCCUGGAGCUCUAAAGGAUGCCCCACAAGUCUUACCAGGGCAACUUUCUGUGAAGCUGUGGUAUGAUAAAGUGGGACACCAGCUGAUUGUAAAUGUCCUGCAAGCAACAGAUCUACCCCCUAGAGUAGAUGGGCGUCCCAGGAAUCCCUAUGUAAAAAUGUAUUUUCUUCCAGAUAGAAGUGAUAAAAGUAAAAGGAGGACCAAAACAGUAAAGAAAGUACUAGAACCAAAAUGGAAUCAAACUUUUGUCUAUUCACAUGUACAUCGUAGAGAUUUUAGAGAACGAAUGUUAGAAAUAACUGUGUGGGAUCAACCAAGAGUGCAAGAAGAAGAAAGUGAAUUUCUUGGAGAGAUCCUCAUAGAAUUGGAGACAGCACUUUUAGAUGAUGAACCACAUUGGUAUAAACUUCAGACACAUGAUGAAUCUUCACUACCUCUGCCUCAGCCAUCACCUUUCAUGCCAAGGCGACACAUUCAUGGAGAAAGCUCUAGCAAAAAGCUACAAAGAUCUCAGCGAAUCAGUGAUAGUGACAUCUCAGAUUAUGAGGUUGAUGAUGGUAUUGGAGUAGUUCCUCCAGUAGGUUAUAGGUCUUGUGCUAGAGAAAGUAAAUCUACAACAUUAACUGUGCCAGAACAGCAAAGAACAACUCACCACCGCUCACGAUCGGUAUCUCCUCAUCGCGGCGAUGAUCAGGGAAGGCCGCGUUCACGUUUACCAAAUGUGCCAUUACAGAGGAGUUUAGAUGAAAUUCAUCCAACAAGAAGGUCACGUUCUCCAACCAGACACCAUGAUGCCUCCCGAAGUCCAGUUGAUCGUAGAUCCAGAGAUGUGGAUAGUCAAUAUUUAUUGGAACAAGACAGUGAGCUUCUUAUGCUGCCCAGAGCAAAACGAGGACGAAGUGCAGAAUGCCUACAUACAACCAGACAUCUUGUUAGGCACUAUAAAACAUUACCACCCAAGAUGCCUUUAUUACAGAAUGGUUCUCACUGGAAUAUUUACAGCUCAGUUCUGCCUGUACAUACUAAGACCAACUUGGUGACUAGACAGGACAUUUCCCUUCGUCAUGAAUGCUUUAACUCAAGAGUAUUGAGAUUUACUGAUGAAAUAAUGGUUAGUGAACUGCAGCCCUCCCUUGACAGGGCUAGGAGUGCUAGUACCAACUGCUUGAGACCAGAUACUAGUUUGCAUUCACCAGAACGAGAAAGGGGUAAAUGGUCCCCCUCCCUAGAUAGGAGACGACCUCCUAGCCCCAGGAUUCAAAUCCAGCAUGCAUCUCCGGAGAAUGACAGGCACUCCAGAAAGUCUGAAAGAUCUAGCAUCCAAAAACAGACUAGGAAAGGCACUGCCUCUGAUGCAGAAAGGGUUCUCCCACCAUGUCUUUCUAGAAGGGGACACGCAGCCCCAAGAGCAACUGAUCAGCCAGUCAUUAGGGGAAAACAUCCCACUCGCUCAAGGUCGAGUGAGCACUCUAGUGUCAGAACACUGUGUUCUAUGCACCACCUUGCCCCUGGAGGGUCGGCGCCACCUUCUCCGCUUCUGACAAGAAUACACCGGCAGGGAAGUCCAACCCAGUCUCCUCCAGCAGACACAUCGUUCAGCAGUCGCAGGGGAAGACAGCUCCCACAAGUGCCAGUGAGAAGUGGCAGUAUAGAACAAGCAAGCUUAGUAGUGGAGGAGCGAACAAGACAGAUGAAAAUGAAAGUGCAUCGAUUUAAGCAGACAACAGGGUCUGGUUCUAGUCAAGAACUUGAUCGCGAGCAAUAUUCCAAGUAUAACAUACAUAAAGAUCAGUACAGAAGCUGUGAUAACGUCUCUGCCAAAUCAUCAGAUAGUGAUGUCAGUGAUGUGUCUGCCAUUUCCCGAACCAGCAGUGCCUCACGCCUCAGCAGCACAAGCUUUAUGUCAGAGCAAUCUGAGCGCCCCAGGGGUAGAAUCAGUUCAUUUACCCCCAAAAUGCAAGGCAGACGGAUGGGGACUUCAGGAAGAGCCAUUACGAAGAGCACCAGUGUGAGUGGAGAGAUGUACACACUGGAGCAUAAUGACGGCAGCCAGUCCGACACAGCUGUGGGUACAGUUGGAGCAGGUGGAAAAAAACGGAGAUCCAGCCUAAGUGCCAAAGUGGUUGCCAUAGUGUCGCGAAGGAGCAGAAGCACAUCUCAACUUAGCCAGACAGAGUCGGGCCACAAGAAGUUAAAAAGUACUAUACAGAGAAGCACAGAAACAGGAAUGGCAGCUGAAAUGAGGAAGAUGGUCAGACAACCAAGCCGAGAAUCUACUGAUGGCAGCAUCAACAGUUACAGCUCCGAGGGAAACCUAAUAUUUCCUGGAGUGCGACUAGGAGCUGACAGUCAAUUCAGUGAUUUUCUUGAUGGACUGGGACCAGCCCAGCUUGUUGGCCGCCAAACCCUGGCCACCCCUGCAAUGGGUGAUAUCCAAAUUGGAAUGGAGGAUAAAAAGGGCCAGUUAGAAGUUGAAGUUAUUAGAGCACGAAGCCUCACACAGAAACCUGGUUCCAAAUCUACACCUGCUCCGUAUGUCAAAGUAUAUCUUUUGGAAAAUGGGGCCUGUAUAGCCAAGAAGAAGACAAGAAUUGCACGAAAAACCCUGGAUCCUUUGUAUCAACAGUCCCUGGUUUUUGACGAAAGUCCACAGGGUAAAGUUCUUCAGGUGAUUGUCUGGGGAGACUAUGGCAGAAUGGACCAUAAAUGUUUUAUGGGUGUGGCUCAAAUCUUGUUGGAAGAACUUGAUCUGUCCAGCAUGGUAAUUGGAUGGUACAAAUUGUUCCCACCGUCAUCACUGGUGGAUCCCACACUCACUCCCCUAACCCGUCGGGCUUCCCAGUCAUCUCUGGAAAGUUCAACUGGGCCUCCCUGCAUUCGAUCUUAG